AUGAUCUUUAUAUGGACUUAUCUUCAGAUUUUCUGUCAUCAUGGUUGUGUCCUGCAUGUAAUCGUCCCCGACCCGGUAAAGACAAUUCUAACACUCCCCUUCGUGUUCCGUCUAGCAAAGACAGUCAAGAAACCAUUAAGAGUGGUACCAAGAGAAAUAAAAGGAAAAAAAUCUCAACUAUCUGACAGUGACUCCGGCGCUUCUUAUGACUUAACAUUAAACGAUGUACGUCAGGUUGUUAGAGAAGAACUAAAGGCUUUACUUGAUGUGUUCAAAACCAAUUUAUUGUCUCAGUUUGGCUCUAAGCUUCAGGAAAUAACUAAUAAUGUCACUCAAAUUACUGAUUCUAUAUCCUUCAUGGAGCAACAGCAUGAAGAGCUGAAGAAAGAAAUCCAGCUAAAAAUUAAGAAUAUUAACUCUCUGGAAAAUGAAAAUAAAAUUUUACAAACUAACAUAAAUGAUCUUAAUACUAGACUAUCACAAUUAGAACAGCAUUCUAGAGCAAACAAUGUUGAGAUUCAGUGCCUUCCCGAACACCGUAACGAAAACUUACUUUCAGUAGUCAAUCAGAUAGCGGUUACUACUAAAUACAACCUUAAGGAAACUGAUAUCCAUUUGUGUACUCGAACGUCAAAAAUCCAAAAAGAUAGUCGUAGGCCAAGAUCAGUCGUAGUUAAGUUUAGUUGUCCAAGAGUGCGCGAUGAGUUUUUGGCCUCUUUAAUUAAUUUUAAUAAAAAAGCCGUGAAGGUCGGUGAUAAACUAAAUACCAGUCAUGUCGGUCUUGGUGGUGAACCAAAACCGAUAUACGUAGCCGAACACUUGUCGCCUAACCAGAGGGCUUUACAUGCUGCUGCGCGUAUAAAGGCAAAAGAACUAAAUUAUAGAUUUGUUUGGAUUAAACGUGGGUGUAUAUACAUGCGCAAAAGCGAUUCAACAGAGUAUAAAUUCAUAAGAAAUAUGGACACGUUAGCUAAUUUAAAAUAG